GCGGGAGCUUCCAAAACAGCUGAUGGUGGACUGGGCUUAUGACGGGGAUAAACCAUAAUAACAGCCAGACAUCAUGAGGGACCUGAGUGCCCUGAUUUUCGGAGCUAUAUUGGUAAAACAGGUGCUGGGGGAGUAUGGCAUGGCGCACGUCAGUGAGAGAGGGAAGAGUAAAGGGAAGGACUACUGCAUCCUGUUCAACUCCCAGUGGGCACACCUACCUCAGGAUCUCAACAAGGCGUCCCGGCUCCAGAUCCAUGACCUGACUGCUUCUGUGCUGUGCUCCCCGUCAGAGGUGCCCGCAGGUGGGUUCCCCAACCGCAUUCCCAUGGUGCUUAGGGGGAACUGCACUUUCUAUGAGAAGGUCAGGCUGGCUCAGAUCAACGGGGCCAAGGGGCUGCUCAUCGUCAGCAAAGACAGGCUGACCCCCCCUGCAGGAAACAGGACCCAGUAUGAAGAGAUUGACAUCCCUGUGGCCCUCCUCAGCUUCACAGACAUGCUGGACAUCAGCAAGACCUUCGGGAAGGGCGGAGAAGUCGCCCUGUAUGCACCAAAUGAGCCGGUCCUUGAUUACAACAUGGUGAUCAUUUUCCUGAUGGCUGUGGGCACCGUGGCUAUUGGAGGCUACUGGGCUGGGAGCCGGGACAUCAAGAAGCGAUACAUGAAGCACAAGAGGGAUGACAGUGCAGAGAAGCAGGACGAGGAGACCGUGGACGUGACUCCUAUCAUGAUCUGCGUGUUUGUGGGCAUGUGCUGCUCCAUGCUGGUCAUGCUGUAUUACUUCUAUGAUCACCUAGUGUACAUGAUAAUCGGAAUAUUCUGCCUGGCAGCCUCCAUAGGGCUCUACAGCUGCCUAUCCCCCUUCGUGCGGAGAAUCCCCUUCGGGAAAUGCAGAAUCCCUGAAAAUAACCUACCGUACUGCCACAAGCGCCCCCAGCUGCGGAUGCUCCUGCUGUGCAUGUUCUGCGUGGCAGUCAGCGUGAUCUGGGGAGUCUUCAGGAACGAGGACCAGUGGGCCUGGGUGCUGCAAGACACUCUGGGGAUUGCAUUCUGCCUUUACAUGCUCAAAACUAUCAGGUUGCCUACUUUCAAGGCCUGCACUUUGCUGUUGACCGUGCUGUUUGUCUACGAUGUUUUCUUUGUAUUUAUAACCCCAUUCUUCACAAAGAGUGGUGAGAGUAUCAUGGUGGAAGUAGCUGCUGGUCCUUCAGAUUCAUCUACCCAUGAGAAGCUGCCUAUGGUUCUGAAGGUUCCUCGGCUGAACUCCUCGCCCCUGGCUCUUUGUGACCGUCCUUUCUCCCUCUUGGGGUUCGGGGACAUCCUGGUGCCCGGACUGCUGGUGGCCUAUUGCCACAGGUUUGACAUCCAGAUGCAGUCCUCCAGGAUCUAUUUUGUGGCUUGCACUAUAGCCUAUGGAGUCGGCCUGCUCAUCACGUUUGUUGCCUUGGCUUUGAUGCAGAUGGGACAGCCUGCCCUGUUAUACCUGGUGCCUUGCACUCUCCUCACUAGCCUGGCAGUGGCGCUGUGGCGCAGGGAGUUGCACAUGUUCUGGACAGGCAGUGGCUUUGUGAAAGAUGUCCCCCAGCCUCCUCUUGUCAUGGCGCCCAUCAGCUGCACCCAGUCCCCAGAACCACCCACUGAGGAGCCCCUGACCAAUCCUGAGUUCCCGGGCGCCGAGGCCACCAAUCAAAUCGAAGAUCCUCCUCCCCAGGCGAAGACCCUCUCCAAAGAGGAGGCUAGCCAGUCUGAAUAGAGGACACUGUCUUAGGAUAUCAUUUUUUAAAAUAUUAUUUCUUUGGUUGUUUUUUUUUGUAUAAGACUGGGAUGUGAUUUGGCAAAAGGCCUAGUCUGGUAGGGAGCACUACAGCGGAGUGCAAACGUGAACACUACGUACUUGGCAGCAAGGAAGGAGGGAACUCGGCCACAACACUCAAGUGACAUUCAGAAUCGCUAAGCUCUAAAUUGUGGGUGCUGGAAGGCAAGUAGAUGAGGCAUCACCCCUAACCGAAACACGCCCCCAAAAAGCACAGAGGAGACCACACUGCAGUGCUCAUGUGGUGCUUUGGCUGGGAAGUGACAUCGGCAUCCCCACCCUUUCCCAUUUUCCCAUUUCGACAUGGAUCCUACUAGUACCUGUUGUCAAGCAAUAAUCCUGGCAGACCUGCCUGCGAAACCAGGGGGCUGCUUUGCAUCCGCGCCGUGCAGUCGGUCGGCUCAAGUAAAGAGUCAGUCAGUGCAAGAGGCAGCUGUGGAUCAGUCAAUUGAGGCUUUAGGCUGUUUUUUUUUUAAACCCGAGUAUGUAAAAUGGCACAGUUGCAAUAUCCAAACACUAUGUGGUGCUAUUAAACAAAAAGUAGAUCAUGAGAGAACCAAAGUUCAACGAUAACACCUUUAACCAGAUGUGAUUAAAGUAAGGUGGGUUUUUUUUGCUUGUCUUGAUCACAUCUUAUGCUGGGGUGGAGGUCUCUAAUCCUGGUUGUGGAGGUGUGUCUGCAGGCUUUCCUAACACUCUUUAGUGCCGUUGCACCUAAAGACCUGAGAGAAGGUGUUAAAUUGGUACAGUUAAGCCCUUAAGAGUACAAACCUGCAGACACACUGGCUCUAAAGCAAAAGGAUUUGCGACUCCUAGCAUCAAGGGCAUAUGUGCUCAAGUUUCAAUGCUUAAGAAUGUGGGUGCAAACAGUAUUGCUGAAAAUCAACCUGACAACUCUUUUUGUAAGCAUGGUGGAACUAGCAUUCAAAUGCCCAGUUUUGUGCUUGAUUUACCCCAAUUUUAUAAUCCUAAAAAAGUAAGAACUUUCUCACCCUAAAUCCCAGAUUGAGGAUGAAUGGGUGAAAUUUAAAAUCUGGUUCAGAAUUUGACUAGUGCAUUUUUUCCUGGGGAAAAAAAAAGAUCUAAAAAACUGUUAUCUGUGUGUUUGGUUUAUAAGGUUAAUGGUGAGCCAGGGUCUUUUUAUAGUAAUUGACUUAGUGAAUUUCCUCCGAUUCCUGAUAUAGGCAUUUGCCGUUAAAAUGUCUUAGAGAAAAAGAAUUUAAAGGAGAAAUUAGAUGGGGGAAUCUAAAUGAAGUCUCAUUUUAUCAAAGUGGUGCUGAACAAGACUUUGCUGUAUUUCUCUUAGUUUUAUACACACCAUGUGCCCUUCACACUGUUUUCAGACUGAAGCUCAAUGGACUUUCAUGUGAGAAUCCAGUACAUGUUAUGGUUACAUAGAAUUCUCCUUUAUAUCAGACUCAAAUCCAGACCUAUUCUUGCACCUAAGUAAUGGUCUGAGGUUGAAAAUGUACAUAAUGUUAAAACGUCACUAGAAUGUGUUCUUGGAUUAGAUUUCUGGGUGUUUGUAACCUUCGGACUGUUGUGCCGUCAUUAACAUUUGGAAUUCUCUGUCCCGUGACAGUGGAACACAGUAGGACGUGGGGUUUUGGGCUGUGGAGAAAUCAGACAUGGGAAUGUUAGAAAUGUUGCAUUGCUAAAGAUUCUACACAAAAUUCUGUCAGCCUGUUUUUAAAAUGCUACAUAAUUGGGUAUACCUGAAAUAACUUAGAAUUCUGAAUGUUCUUCAUGCAUAUUGAUGUAAUUUUGCUGGACAACUUUUCAGGGAUGUAAUGAGUUACUCAUACUGCUCAACAAUAUUUAUAUAUAUAUAUAUCCCUAUAUUUAUCUCUUCAUUUUGAGCAGUGCAUCUUGAAAAAUCCCAUGCACUGGAUGCAAGGGAAGGAUAUUUCUCAUUUUAAAAAAUGUCUUUUGAGAUAGUUUGACUCCAGACAACAUUCUGCAGAGUUACUGUCCCUUUUUUGGGGGGAACUGGCAUUAUUGCAGAAAAUAGUCACUUCAAAACUGCGAGCAGAAGCAUUUCCUUUUCCUCGCCUGAAGGCUGGAUGGUGGACAGUAUGCUGUUCCCCAUAAUUACAGAACUGACUCUGUGAUAUGGUACUGUCCGUGUAGGCAAUUUGCUGUUGAGUUGACCUGUGGGUUGUGUCUCAACACAGGUUAUAGCAGGGGCUUAUACAGCAGUCAUGGUUACUGCAAGUAAGUAGCAGUACACUACAGAAGCAAAUCUCAUGUGUGUGGUAUGUUGAGUUGAGUGCCCAUGUAAAAGGAUGCCUACAGGCCUCAAGCUUGUGUAGAAUCUGACUUUGACUGAUACUGCUAUAAGUGUCAAUGGACUGAGGGAGCCAAGUGAGUUUUUAAUACCUCAGUUGAGGAUCGAGUACAAUAAAGUUACAAAUAAAA